AUGACUGUCUAUCAACUCUUGUUCACGGCCGCUUUGGCUAGUACAGCACUUGCUGCCCCUCUUGUUGAGGAACGCCAGGCUUGCGCCAGCCAGUGGGCCCAGUGUGGUGGCUUCAGCUGGAAUGGUGCUACUUGCUGCCAGUCUGGUAGUUACUGCAGCAAGAUCAACGACUAUUACUCUCAGUGCAUUCCUGGAGAGGGUCCCGCCACUUCCAAGACAAGCACGCUCCCUGCCUCUACCACCACCAGCCAGCCGUCGUCGACCUCUACUGCUGGAACCUCUUCCACUACGAAGCCUCCUCCUGCUGGAAGUGGCACUGCCACUUACAGCGGAAACCCCUACUCCGGUGUUAACCUUUGGGCCAACAGCUACUAUCGCUCAGAGGUUACCAACUUGGCUAUCCCCAAGUUGAGCGGUGCCAUGGCCACGGCUGCUGCCAAGGUCGCUGAUGUUCCCUCCUAUCAGUGGAUGGACUCUUUCGAGCACAUCUCCCUGAUGGAGGACACUCUCGUCGACAUUCGCAAGGCUAACCAGGCUGGUGGUAACUACGCUGGCCAGUUCGUCGUCUACGACCUCCCUGAUCGCGACUGCGCUGCUGCUGCCUCUAACGGAGAGUAUUCCCUUGACAAGGACGGUGCCAACAAGUACAAGAACUACAUCAACACUAUCAAGAAGAUCAUCCAGAGCUACUCUGAUAUCCGAAUCCUCCUUGUUAUUGAGCCUGACUCCCUGGCCAACCUGGUCACCAACAUGGAUGUUGCCAAAUGUGCCAAGGCUCACGAUGCGUAUAUCAGUCUGACAAACUACGCUGUCACGGAACUGAACCUGCCCAACGUCGCCAUGUACCUUGAUGCAGGCCACGCUGGCUGGCUCGGCUGGCCCAACAACCAGGGCCCUGCUGCGAAGCUGUUUGCUAGCAUCUACAAGGAUGCCGGCAAGCCAGCUGCGCUCCGUGGACUCGCCACCAACGUUGCCAACUACAACGCCUGGAGCCUCAGCAGUGCUCCCCCUUAUACCCAAGGCGCCUCCAUCUACGACGAGAAGAGUUUCAUUCACGCAAUGGGUCCUCUCCUGGAGCAGAAUGGCUGGCCUGGCGCUCACUUCAUUACCGACCAGGGCCGUUCUGGCAAGCAGCCCACCGGUCAGAUCCAGUGGGGUGACUGGUGCAACUCCAAGGGCACUGGCUUCGGUAUUCGCCCCUCUGCCAACACUGGUGACAGCCUCCUCGAUGCUUUUGUCUGGGUCAAGCCUGGUGGUGAGUCUGAUGGUACCUCGGACACCAGUGCUGCCCGUUACGACUACCACUGCGGUGCUUCUGCCGCUCUUCAGCCAGCACCUGAGGCAGGAACCUGGUUCCAGGCCUACUUUGAGCAGCUUCUCACCAAUGCCAACCCUUCGUUCCUGUAA